UUUAAUCAGUAAACGCGUACAAUCUCAACCGGUGACUUUUAUUGGUGAAAACAGGGACACUUCCGAAUAAUAAUCACGGGCUUCUGGACUGACAAAGAUCUCCAGUCGUAUCUUCCGUGUCACUUCUGCGGUUGAAUUUCCCACGAUAUAUAAGACUUAUCUUUUGCUUACUAGCGACAGAGACGGAUCAUCGGACACAACACUGAUGCCAGCACGUCCAAUGGAGUUACCGGUAACUGGAUGCAGACUUUCGUCUUGUCUGCAUGUGGUGGAUCCUGUGUAGAUAACAUCGGAUCUCAUUGUGGUGGAUCGUCGUUUUUUGGGAUUUUUACUGCUCUCUGGGUAUCAGGUCAUAAAUGUACCAUAUGUAACAGGACCAAUGUAACUGUUUGUUACGUUUUACACGACCUGUCUAAAAUGGCUAAAUGUGCGUCCCAUAGCAUGUCAGAUGGCAGAAAGCGUCUGUUUUCGUUUGUGGCUUAGACAAUCUGCAUAUUCACAUUUCACGGGAUGCACAAACACACACACACAUACACACACACACACACACACACACACAACUCCCUCUGUGCAGAGAGCGCAACAUGUAUUUCCUGUAAGUGUUCCUUUCUUUUUUCCCACGGAAGACUACACGGCGUAAUGGACUGAUGGAGAACCCACGAUGAACGCAAACAAACGGUGUUGACUUUGCUGCCAUAUGAAAAGCGGAUGAAAUACGACAUUAAACCACGAAGGCCUAUUCGUGCAAGUAUUGCAUUUUCGUUAGCGUUUCAGGCAUCCGUUGCGGCUUCUUGUUUGAUGCUUUGAGAAAAAUAUCCACCUAAGCCUAAUUUAACUUCUCCGAAGCAUGUGUUACAUCUGAAAGAAAAUAAGAAUAAUCUCAUCGCUUCCUUCCUACAGCCUGCGUCCAUUGUCUCUGCCAGGCUUCACCAUGGAAACGUAGCGCGAGCGACCAUGAUGGUAAAUCGGGCAGGAAACACACACAGCGUCGCAUAUGUAAACAACCAUGGUUAGAGGGACAUAUUUCUCUUAAACUCUUUCUUUUUUUUUCAGCCAAGCACUCUGUGGCCUGUGUUUUUUUGCACAUCUUCCUGAUAACAAAUGUAUCGAGCUUAAAGAGUGUUCUUGUAUUAGGCUACCGUUUACAGUGCCAAAGUGUUAAACCUUACUAGUCACUUAAAGGUCCAGUGGGAUGACCAGCAUCGGUGUGAAAUAAAUUAAAUGGACAUGCAAGAUUCAGUUUAGCCCAGGGAUAGACAAUCAGGAGUCCACACUGAAUCCAGUCAUCAGAUGUAACUCUCAGGGCGACAGCUUGUUUGACAUGGGAGUGAAGAAGGUGCCAGACAAGCCAGCACAAUGUACUUGUAAUGUACUUUUUAAGAACCACUUGUUUAAAGAGUAACAGGGAUAAUAAGGAUCUAUUUUUCAUUCUUCAAAUAAGCUAUUGGCUCUUCAAAAUGCCUCGGAACAGGGCCUUCUCCGAACCAGAGUACUCUGCUGAGUAUUCAGCAGACUGCUCAGUCACGUUGCCCUCUGAUCCUGGCCAAGCAGUAGGAAGAACCCAUGAGGUCACCGUACGUAACUCAGGCUGCUGUUUGUGUCUCCCUCGCUUCAUGCGUCUCACAUUCACACCAGACUCACUGGAGAACCUCUAUCAGACUUAUUUUCGAAGACAGCGGCAUGAAACCCUGCUGGUGUUGGUGGUGUUUGCAGCCCUCUUUGACUGCUAUGUGAUUGUGAUGUGUGCUGUGGUCUAUACCAGUGAUAAGCUGGCAUCUGUAGCUGUAGCAUGCGUAGCAUUAGCUGUGGACAUUGUGCUCUACCUACUAUGCCGCUAUGGUCUGCUGCCUGAGCGCAUUUCACGCCGGCUUGUGCCGUAUGCCCUGUGGGUGCUUAUAGAUGCCCAGAUCUUCUGUUAUCUAGGAUUGAACUUUGCCCGCUUCCACCAGGCCAGUGACACAGUAGGUUGGCAGGCCUUCUUCAGCUUCUCCUUCUUCUUGACACUGCCAUUACGACUGACACCUAUUGUGCUCAUCACAGCUGUGUCAUGUGGUGUGCACACGUUGGCACUUGGCGUCACCAUCGCACAGCAGCAGCAAGAAGACAUCCAAGGAGCUGCUCUCGGGAGACAGCUGUUUGCCAACAUCCUGAUCUACAUAUGUGCAAUUACCGUUGGGCUCAUGUCAUAUUACAUGGCUGAUCGCAAACAUCGCAAGGCCUUUUUGGAGGCCAGGCAGUCUCUGGAGGUGAAGCUGAAUUUAGAGGAACAGAGUCAGCAGCAGCAACGUCUACUGCUGUCCAUUUUGCCCAAACACAUAGCAGACGAGAUGCUACAAGACAUGAAGAAAGAGGCCAGUCAGAAAGAGAUGCAGCAGUUCAACACCAUGUACAUGUAUCGGCAUGAAAAUGUUAGUAUUGUGUUUGCAGACAUUGUGGGAUUCACCCAGCUUUCUUCUUCCUGUAGUGCACAGGAGCUAGUCAAGCUGCUUAAUGAGCUGUUUGCCCGCUUUGACAAACUGGCUGCUAAAUACCACCAACUGAGGAUUAAGAUCCUUGGGGACUGCUACUACUGUAUCUGUGGCCUUCCAGAUUACAGAGAAGACCACGCAGCCUGUUCCAUAAUGAUGGGAUUGGCCAUGGUGGAAGCUAUUUCCUACGUUCGAGAGAAGACACAGACAGAUGUUGACAUGCGUGUUGGGGUGCAUUCUGGGACAGUUCUUGGUGGUGUUCUGGGACAGAAGCGCUGGCAGUAUGAUGUCUGGUCCACAGAUGUCACAGUGGCCAACAAAAUGGAGGCUGGAGGUAUACCUGGGCGUGUGCACAUCUCUCAGAGUACACUGGAGUGUCUUCAUGGUGAAUUUGAUGUUGAGCCAGGGAAUGGAGGAGCACGCUGUGAAUACCUGAGGGAGAAAGGCAUUGAGACAUACCUUGUUGUUGUUCCCAAAGGACCAGUGAGUAAGAAUGGAAUCAAUGGAGUGAAGUUGUCGGUGACUUCAUCUAAUGGGAACUCUCCUCUGUUGAUCAACACUACAGAAUGUAAUGGCAGUGUACACACAGCUUGCACCACACCUGAAGAACCAGAAGAGCUGGACACACGGGUGGUGAAUCCCUCAUUUCCAAACCCUCGGCGGCGUCUUCGUUUGCGAGACCUUGCUGAGAGAGUUAUCGAUGCUCAAGAAAAUGAACAGGAGCUCAAUAAACUCUUGAACGAGGCACUGCUGGAGAGAGAGACAGUGCAGGCAUUAAAGGGAAAGUACACUAACCGCCUUUCGCUGCGCUUUGUGAACCCUGAGCUGGAGACACGUUUCUCAGUCGAAAAGGAGAAGCAGAGUGGAGCCGCCUUCAGCUGUUCCUGUGUAGUGCUGCUUUUUACAGCAGCAAUUGAAGCACUUAUAGAUCCUCUGUUGAUAGCCAACUAUGUGACUCUAGCUGUGGGGGAAGUGCUGCUGCUCAUUCUCACCAUCUGCUCCCUGGCAGCCAUUUUCCCACGGGUAUUUCCUAAGAGACUGGUGUCGUUCUCCACAUGGAUUGAUCACACACGCUGGGCUCGCAACUCUUGGGCCAUGUCAGCUAUAUUCAUCCUUACACUGGCUGACAUAAUAGACAUGCUAAGCUGCCAGCCUCCACAGAGUGUUGGGGACGUUUCUCCAGCUCCAGAUGGACUAGGCGGUUGUCUGGAGAACCCCAAAUAUUACAGCUACAUUGCUGUAUUAGCGCUUAUUGCUACUACCAUGCUGGUGCAGGUCAGCCACAUGGUGAAGCUUACUCUGAUGCUGCUGAUCACAGUAGCCUCAGGAAUCGUCAAUAUUUACAGUUGGAGGGAAAUCUUUGACCAGUAUGAUCUUACCCACUAUAAGAAAUACAGAAUAUACCUCGUGCCAUCCAAAUAUACAAUGACUGUGAUGAUCUUCAUCAUGAUGGUCAGCUUCUACUACUUUGCACGACAUGUGGAGAAACUGGCCCGCACGCUGUUCCUGUGGAAAAUUGAGGUACAUGAGCAGAAGGAGAAGGUGUAUGAGAUGAGACGCUGGAAUGAGGCUCUGGUCACAAACAUGCUCCCAGAGCAUGUUGCCCGUCACUUUCUGGGCUCUAAAAAGAGGGAUGAGGAACUGUACAGCCAGUCCUAUGAUGAGAUUGGGGUCAUGUUUGCCUCUAUCCCAAAUUUCUCAGACUUCUACACAGAGGAGAGCAUCAACAAUGGGGGUAUCGAGUGUCUGAGGUUCCUCAAUGAAAUUAUAUCUGACUUUGAUAGUCUUCUGGAUGAGCCUCAGUUUCGCUAUAUAACCAAGAUUAAGACCAUCGGCAGCACUUACAUGGCAGCAUCAGGAGUCACUCCUGACACCAACGCUAAUGGCUAUGCUUGCAUGAAGCAAAAGGAGGAGCUGUCUGAUAGAGAGCGCUGGCAGCACUUGGCAGAUCUAGCGGAUUUUGCUUUGGCCAUGAAAGUUACUCUGAUGAACAUUAAUUAUCAGUCCUUUAACAACUUCAUGCUUCGUAUUGGGUUGAAUAAGGGCGCUGUUCUUGCUGGGGUCAUAGGGGCUCGAAAACCUCAUUUUGACAUUUGGGGUAACACUGUUAAUGUGGCCAGUCGCAUGGAGUCUACAGGAGUGAUGGGAAACAUUCAGGUGGUGGAAGACUGCUAUAACAUCCUGAAGGACUAUGGCUUCCGUUUUGUGAGAAGAGGACCAAUCUUUGUUAAGGGGAAGGGGGAGUUGCUCACGUAUUUUUUAAAAGGACGAGAAAAACAGGGUUCCUUCAUCAAUGGCUCUUCUGUCACAUUGCCUCAUCAGGUGGUGGACAGCUCUUGAACUACCUGCAUAUAAAACCAACAAAUACAAAACUCGCACACCCCAUAUAUGUAACAUACAUAUAACAACUAAGAUCUUUUAAAGGGGAAUUCCAUAGAUUUUCAAAAUAAUUCAUUGGUGAACAUAAUUAAGUCCUACAGACUGAAGAGAAGAGAAGUACUAAUAUUUGUGAUAGGAACCUGGGCUAUUUUCUUACACUUUAUAUUAUUAUAUUAUUUUAUUCACUUUACAGUGAGUUGUUCAAUAAGCAGCAUUGUGAAAUGUACGUUGGGAAAAAGAAGACGUUUGGUUUCUGUUUGCAAAAAAUGACAUUUUCUGUACCUGCUCAUCAAAUGUCUGUCGUGAGCUGUUCAUUUUCUUUAUCAGUGUUCUUUAGUCUGUCUCAUGCGCACACAAUUCCUCAUCUACAUUAAAACCUACGCAGGCUUUGAAUAUUUAAAAAAUAUUCAAACGCUUUAAAAAAGCUAUCAUUGAUAGUAAAUAGUAUAAAAGAUUAGAUGUGUUGAUUGGCUAUAAUUGUAACCAGAAUUCACAUGUAACAGGAACAGUAUAUAGCUGUUAAAAGGCAUUUCUGCUGUUAAUAUAACCAGAGCAGGGCUACAAACUAUAUUAACUGCAAAAAAUGCCUGUCAGUCUGGGAGCUGGGCUUCCAUGCAUCGUGCAAAAUUUGGAAUGAGAAAGAAGUUACAGUAGUAACCAAAGCUCAUACGAAAAAUAAAUAAGGCCAAAGCCUUUUCACAAUGCUGUCAUAAAACUGCCUCUAGUGCAUCAGCCAUAUAUUUGAAUCAUGUUGUGUAAACAUUCUGUGAGGUAGGUUCAGGAGACUUUACACACUUCAAACUGCUGGUUCCUAUUACUGCUAUUGUAGAUAUUUCUGAAUGGAUAGUGUAUAUUUCAUCAGACAGUCUGAAAAUGUCUUUUCUAAAUUUGAAGGAAUCUGGAAUUCCCCUUAAAAUAUAUUGGUUGCAUAUUAAAAGGAAGGCAUACAACAUAAAUGGAGUGUAAAAUGAGAUUUACUCUGAUCACAGGAGAAAUACAGGGUUAUACUGUACUUGGAUCUUUUAAAUAAUAACUAGCUGUAUGGAUGGAAUGAAGACUGAGUGAAUUUCCAAAAAAAAAAAAAUCUAUCUGCUAAAUCAGUAAAAUUAUUGUUUGAGUAAAGAGAGCAAACAAUAGUGACCCUGUGGAUAAAGUUGAGAUUGUACAUGACACAGUGCUUUUACAGUUUACUUUAAAGAUGAUCCUAUAUAGGUUAUAGUUAAAAAUUCUUUUGUAUGUCUACAAUUUUUGUUAAUUGAAGAGCAAAAUAUAAAGAGAAGCAGACUGGUCCUCUCUGCCAUUAUGUGUGUGCAGAUGCAUGCACGCAGAACUGUGUGUGUUAUUGCCUGCUGUUCUCAACAUCUUUUUAUCUACCCCUUUUCUUUCUGUGGCUUUGGACUUUACAGCCAUUUUAUGCUCAUCCCAUUUUUCUACCCAGUUUUAAAGUGUUUUAGUGUGCCAUGCAAGAAGUGCCAUAACAUAAUUAUGUGUCCUGUAUAUAUGUUCCUCUGGGGUGAUCGACGUGUCACUGUGAGCAGGUGAAAUGCAAGUGUGUAUGUACAUUAUGCAUGCACUAGUUGAAAGUGCAGCUAGAGUCAAGAGAUUUUUUGGCAGUAUUGGAGAUAUGAAGGCUUCUCAGAUCUCUGAUUAUAUUCCCCUCAAAGACUUUCCUAAAAUUAUAGAUGAACGUGCAAUAGUUUAUUCUUUUACAAUGUUCUGUUCUCCAAUACCCUUUGCAAAAUCAUUCUCUAUUCAGUAAGUCAUAUUUUUAUAUUGUAUAUGUUUCAUUCAAAAGAGUAUCGGGAAUCAGAAUCAGAUGUGUUGACACACAAGGAAUUUGGUUCCAGCUGUUGGCUGUGCGGUUUUAUCUGAUACAAAACUGAGUGAUGUGACAAGCAACAGUCUCCUGUUUAUUUAUUGCCGAUAUCAGGGAAAUUGAAUGAGAAACCACAGACAGAAUUGCAAUUGCUGUUUUUGAAUUGUAAUGGAGUCUGAAGAAAUGUCACAUCGAUUGUUUUUUCUGGCCUGUUAUGGGUUUUGAAAUAUGAUUUGAUUUUUUAAAAUGUCCUUGGACAUGGGAAUAAAAAUGGCACUUUGAAUGA